GCGGGCUGGCUGGGCCGUUGGCACCGGGAUGGAGCGGGAGCAGUUGGUCCGGAAGGUGUCGGUGCUGCAGGCUUGCGUCCGGGGCUUCUUGGUCCGACGCCAGUUUCAGAGUCUGCAAGCUGAGUAUGAGGCCAUUGUUCGGGAGAUCGAAGGUGACCUGGCCACUCUGCAGUGGACUGAGGGCUGGAUUCCGAGGCCCCGAUUUCUCUCAGAGAGGGUAAAAUCCAAUCAGACCUGGAAAGCGGGAGAGAGGGUGCCAAAUCCAGAACGGAAACUGCGGCGCUACUUCCCAUGUAAAGAUCCUGAGAGAGAGACUAUCUGGGAGGAGAUGGUGCUGAAGGAGUCGGGAGAGAGCUCAGCAAACCCAGGAAAUCUUCCCUGCAGAGACAACAGCCCCUGGAUUCAGGCUGAGCAAAGCAGGAAAACCAGAAAACCCAGCCAAGGGGAGACCAAAGAAACAUCAGGGAUGGGGAACACAGAAGUUGCAGUUCCAGGACUGCCCCACAGCCAGCCUGAGCUCCAGUUGCUCCAGCAGCACCGCAGCCACUUGGCCAUGGAACUGCUGUGGCUGCAACAGGCCAUCAAUAGCCGUAAGGAGUACCUAAUUCUCAAACAAACACUGAGAUCCCCAGAGGCAGGCCAGACCAGAGAAACGCCCAGCAUAAGCCCAGACCACAGGGGACAAGCCAGUGAGAGGGCCCAGCCACAACCAGGUCCACUACUGGAGGACCAGUCCUAUAGAGACAGGACCACUGGAGAGCUGGAGUGUGCCGAUAACUCCUGCUGGAGAGCCAAAUCACAAUCCCACACAUCGCCAGAAUGUCUGGCCAUGACAGACGAAAGAACUGUUGGGGCCAAGUACAGGGAGCCAUGCUACAGGAAAGCUGGCCAACAGCUGCCCAGAUCAUCAGAUAGUCAGGCUACAGGGGACACAGGAGACAGGCUCACCAAAGAGACUUUCAGAAAGAACUGCCUGCGGCCAUUGAAACCCUUGGAUGAUCAGGCCCCUGGAGGCCUCAAAGCUAGGGGCCACUGUUCUGAAAAGGCCAGGUCACAGCUGCCUUCACUCCCUGAGGACCUGAUUAUCAAGGACAAGUCUUCAAGAGGGCCAGACCACAAAGGGCCUGACUGCCGAAGAGCUAGGCCACAAAAGUUGGGCCUCUCUGAAGAACACAUCAUCUGGGAUGGGACCUUGGCAGGGCCCAAGCAUGGCAGCCUGGAUCUCUGGAGAACAAAACCACCCAAGGGCCAGACCCCCAGUGAUAGAACCUCCUCACAUGGAACCUCCAAUGAGUCUAGCUAGGAAGGAUGGACAAACCAGACAGCUGUACCAUGGAGAUCAAGGUCACUUGAGAAUAUGUCUUUGACAGAGUCAUACCAUACUGGAGAGGACCACAGGAAGGACAGGCUAUGGAAAACAGUACCUCAGGGUUAGGUCCUGGAGAGCCAGAGGAGGGCCAGUUGCCAAGGGGGGUGCUCUGGAGGGGCAAUGAAUAAGACAGGGCCUUAUCCUAGCUCCUGGGUACCAACGCUACCUCCUUCCCCCACCCCCGGCCACUGUGGUUAGUGGGGCCAAGAGAAACUGGAGCAAAGAGCUGAUAGCAAUAUAGAAAGAAUAGAGAGAAGGACGCCCUUUUUUCCUCUGUGUGUGGUUCGAUUCAAAUUUCAGGACAGGGAGUUACCUGGGGGAAAUAAAGUGUGGGGCCUGAUAGAGAAUAAAGGUUUUUCUUCGA